AUGGAUGAUUCGCCUGCCUACGUUAUCUCGAUGUUUCUCAAUCCCUCGAUACAAUUGUCAUGGAUUCGACGACACUGGGAGCCUAAUUAUGUUGCCAGGGCCAUCGUAAUUAUCAAGAAUACUAUGCAAAAAUACCAUGACCGUCUUCAUGGACAAGCUCAACAACCUACAUCUAGUACGGACUCACAGCAACAGAGGCGAAGCUGGCAUGAUUUAGCUGGACGAUAUGGGCUCGAAGAUAUGUUGGAGGUUUUGGGUGCUCCUUCGCCGUCGGGCCAAGGAGUUGAAGAACAGUUUGAGUUGUAUGGAAAUGGGACGGUCUCACCGCGUGGCAUGGAUAUUAUAGGGUUUUGGGCGAUAAGCGAGGAAACCCAUCAAAUAUUGUACGCAAUGGCGUUAGAUUACUUACCCAUUCAAGCAUCCUCGGUUCCUUCUGAGUGCGUUUUUUCAUCCAGUGCCGAAACUGAUACAAAGAGGCGAAAUCGAAUUCACCCUGUUCUAAUGGAGGCACUUCAAAUGUUGAAAUUUUCGCUCAAGCAGCAACGGCUUAACUUUACGGAGGGUUGGGCUGUUACAGAAGAUGAACUCGAGUACCAUGCAGAUGACAACGAAGAUUUAGCAGAUUUGUUAGGGAAGCUAACUUCGGAGAUUAGGGAGGAUGGUAUAGAUAUUGAUGAGGUAAUUCACGUUGUUGGACAGGAUGACGAUGAUUGA